AUGCUUCCCAUCUUUCGCGUCAUCGCUACCGGCAUUAUCGCCUCGGCCGCUUGUGUUUGGGCAGUCGAAGCUGAUCAAGGCACACAUCAACAAUGUGGUGCAUCUCAGCCUCCCCUUCGCCUUGUGGAUCUCGUACCAGAGGCCAUGAAUCAAGGUCCCAACAUUACGAAGCGUGACGGACAACAAUAUGUAGUGCCAACGUAUAUCACUGUUCUCGCUAGAGACAAGACCGUCGCCGGUGGCUACAUUCUGGAAAGCCAAAUCGAAGAAGAAAUCAAGUGGGUAAACAAACACUACGAAGCUGUCAAUAUCUUCUUCGAUGCUUCUGUUCAAAAAGUUCGUUAUGAUAUUACCCCCGAGAUUUUUUCUUCCGGAACUUUUAAGGCAAGCCAAAAAGAGACAAUUAUCAACUACUUCCCCGAGAGGAAUGAAGCCUCGCUUAACAUUGUUUUCGCGUUUCGCUGGAACGAUAGGGAUGGCAUGGGCAAUGUAGGGCAGUCUUGGUGGCACACCAGCAGCACCAUCUAUCCUGACGGACAUGAGGAAGUAACAAGAACUGAGGCCGUGUUUAUAUCCUCUGCAACUAUUCCUAAGGGCUCUGAUCCAGCAAACAGACAUAGACAGGUCCUCAUCCACGAAAUUGGUCACUGGCUGGGGCUAGGCCACACGGAUAGCGACGAGUGCUCUUCGGAAAACGAUGGUAUCUGGGAUACCCCCCCUCACUUAACAAGCGGUCUUCAUGACGAGAAAUUUUUUUGCGCAAAAGUGGGUGAGUUGAGCACCUGUGGCUACGCAGACCCGAUCCAGAAUGUCAUGAACUCGUUUAAUAUGUAUAGUCGGCUGCGAGGGCUACGAGUUUACACCUGGCCAAAUACAAAAAAAAUGAGAGACAUCUGUGCAGCCCGCCUCGCGACGCAGUCCAAGAUCAAUGUUACCCCUAAGCAACAGCAGCAGGAACAGAAGCCGCAGAAGCCGCAGCAGGAACAGAAGCCGCAGGAGCCGCAGCAGGAACAGAUGGAAAAGGCUUGGCAGAAAUUCAUGCAAGAUCGAGUCGACCAGAUGCAAACAGAAUAUGAUCAAGUCUCGCAGGAGGUCGAGCAAGCAAAUCGGGGCUCUAGCAGCCAGGACCGACAAGACAUUAAGCAGAAGGUACUCGACUGUUUCAACACGGCGCUGCGCGAGAACACUCAGCAGAUACAACGCUUUAGAGACUGGCAGAACAGCCGCACUGGAGAGGACGGUGAGGAUGACAGAUACUGGGAUUCUAUUGAUGUUGCAUUUCAGCGGAAGAGGGAUCAGUGCAAAACUUUGGCGCAGCCCACCACGUCUAACCAAGGAAACGGACUUGACGACUGUCUUGGAAGGGCGAAACAGAGCUACGACCAGCAGGUUACAGAAAUCAACAAUUGGGCCAAGACACGCAGCCAAGAGCUUCAAGCCCAGGAAGCUGACAUUACACUAUGGCAGGAGAUGAACCAAGAAUUAUUCGGGUACCACCAAUCGAAUUCUCAAUGGUAUGAACAGCAAAAGGAGGAGUGCAAGAAUAGGAGAUAG